AUGGGAAUUUGUUUCUAUCUAAAUAGUCCAACAUAUAAACAUUUUCGGCCAAAUUCAGAGCAGGAAUUAAAAAUUAAGAACUCCUUACCACAAAAAAGUUGUCAAAAAAUUAAAGAAAAAUAUGAUGAAUUUGGAUAAAAAACAGGAUUAACUUUGGAAGAAUUUGUUAAAUUUUUACCAUUAAAUCAAGAAAGUAAGACUAAUCAAUACCAAAAGGUCUUUUUAUGAAAAGAAUAUUUCAUUAUUUUGAGUAACAAAAGAGUAAAAAAGUAGAUCUUGAAGCAAUUUAUUUAAUGAUUAGCAAAAUAUAAAACAAACAAAAUUAAUUGGAAACAUUAUUUGACCUUUACGAUUUAGAUGAUGAUAAACAAUUGAGUAAUCAAGAAUUCAUGAUAUUUUACAAGGAGAAUUAAAAUUUUUUUUUACCUUAAUCAAAACCAUUAAAAAAAAAUCUAUCAUUUAAAUAACAAUAAUUUAAGGAAUGGGCAUCAGAGAAUCUAGAUCUAGAGAAUCUAUAAAAUAGUUUAAAUCUUUUUUUGAAUUUUAAAGAUAAGAAGUAAGUUAUUAGUGAUAUGAUAUAAAGAGUAAAUGAAAAUAUAUCAUAAAAUUAAUAUUCAAAAGUGUAUAUAAUAAGUGCUCAAUGGUGGAAUAAAUUGAAAUGUUAUGUAGGACUGAACUCAGCAUAGUAAUUCUUAAUUUUAACAUAGUUUUUAAGAAAAUUUUGAAGAAAUUAGCUAGAAUUAACUUGAACCAGGAGGAAUUGAUAAUAGUGAUAUUUCUGGAGAAAAUGAAGGAGAAUUAAGACCAGGAUUAAUGGAUAAGGAUUAUAAUAUUGUUCCUUAUGAAACUUGGGAUUAUUUAAAAAACUGUUUUGGUAUCACCGAUCAAAAACAUAUCUAUAAGAGAAAUUUUGAAAAUAUUGCCAAUAAAAUUGAUUUAGAGUUAUAUCCAAAAGUAAAAAUGAUGCUAGGAGUUUAAGCAAAAGAGAAUGAAAAUAGUAUUAUAUAAGAAAUUUUAUUUGACAAUUAAAAAGAGUUAAAAAUGAAUCUUGAUUCUACUUUGAAUGAUGUAAGAAAAAAACUAUUUAAAAGAUUUAAUAUUAACACUUAAAAUGGAAAAGAAUAUCUUCUUUUUUUCCAGAAAGUUUAGGAAAGUGAAUGGAAAAUGGUUAUUGAUUUAGAUGAUUCAAUUUAAAAUUAUCCACCAAAAACUUUUUUCACAAUUACAAAACUUAGAAAGUAUCCUUAAAGUAAGAAUUCUGAUUUGAAAUAAAAUUAAAAUAUAAUAAACUAGGAUUCAUAAAUCAAACUCUAAUUAUAUAAAUAAGGAUUAUCUCCUUAAAAAUGUUUUGAUGUUUAAACAAAAGAUAUUAUUUAUACAGGUAUAUAGAAUUAAGGACAGAGUUGCUAUAUAAAUGUUGUAUUGCAAUGUUUAGCAGAAACUCCAUAUUUGAGUAAUUUUCUUUAUAAUUAAAGUUAUCAAAAUUCUAUUACUUUACUAAAUUCCCUUUCAAAGUCUAAAAAAAAGUAACCACAAUAAACUAGUUUAACAGAAGAAUUGUCUCUUUUAGUUAAAUAAUUAAAAGAAGGAAUAGAAUAAAAUAUUUCGAUAGAUAAAUUUAGAGACGCCGUAACUCAAAAAAUUCUAGAUUUUAAAAAACAACCAAUAUAUAGUAUAGGCUAACCCGGAGAUUCGAAUGAAUUUUUAAAAGAUUUAUUAGAAAAUAUUUCAGUUGAAUUAUAAGAAUCAGACAAAUAGAAAAAUACUAUUAUUGAAACACUUUUCUAAGGAACAAAAACACAAAAAACGAAAUGUAAUCAAUGUUAACAUUAGAGAGGGUAGGAUGAAUAAUUUAUUAUCUUAAAUUUGAAUGUUUUAGAAAUGGAAGAUGAGUGCAGAUUAUAACUUAUAUUUUUUAAAAAACAUAAACUUAUUGAAACAGAAAAUUAAUUCAAUGAAAUAAAAAAAGAAAGAAUAAUUCUCUAAAAUAAUUCUAAAAUUAUACAUUUGUAGGAUAAAAUUAAGUUAUUAAAAAAUCUUAAUUAAGAUUAAUAUGAAAUUGCAUAUAAAUAUUAAGGAGCCUUUCGUAGAAUUUCUUAUGAUGAUAAUUAAUAAGAACUAUCUACUUUAGGUAUUAGGAGUAAAAAAACUAUAUAUGUUUAUGAACUAGGAAAUUAAUAGGAAGCAAAAUAGGAAUUUUAGGAAAUUUCCUAAAUCUUCAAAUAUCCAACUUCAAAUUUUCAAUAGUUUGAUAUAGUAAAUUUUAAAUCAAAGGAUAAUAUUUGGAGGGAAGGAUAAAUAGAAAGUGUUUUAGAAGAUUAGUAUUUUAUUUAAGAUUUUUCUUAAAAUUAAGGAUAUCAUAUUAAUCAUCAAGAUAUUUCAUAAUUUAGAAAAAAUGUUGUAAAUCAAUUGAAACUAAAAAAGAUUGAAGUGUAUAACUACUUAAAUUAAUCAAAAAAUAAUUCGUAUAAGUAGAUAUGUAAACCGAUGAUCAUUUUAAUUCCAAUCAAUUAAAUUACACUUUAGGAAUUAAAGGUUUACAUUUACAAAUAAAUAUAAAGAUUCAUUAAUAUUGUAAGAAAUUAUUUAUUUUAGUAUGACUUCUAAGAAUAACCGAACUUUUAGAACCCUCAAAGCCUGUAAGAUGAAUUCAAGAAAUUUUUUAACUAACCAGAAUUCCCUUAUAGAAUUCGACUAUUAGAUAAAGACAAUAAAUGUUUAUAUUGCAAAAAGACAUCAAUCAUUGUAAAUAAUAGUUAAACUAAUUGUAAUGGAUGCGAGGUUGAUCCUAUUAUUCUAAAAUUUGAUGAUGCUUCAAAACCAAAAAUAAUUUUAGUGUGGAAUUAAAGUUAAAAAUAUUUAAAAUAAUUAAAAAUAACUUCAGACUAUGAUUUUUAAUUAGAAGAUUACCUUAAAUAAUAUAGCUCCCCUUAAUAAUUACAAAAAAAUUGUCAAAAUUGCAAAAUUCCUUUGUUUGAUCAGACUUUUUUAUGCAUAGCGCCCAUCAUUUUGAUUAUUUAUUUGUAAAAGCCAAAAAUUACUUAAGUUUAGUUUGAAAUAAACUCUUAAAAUAUUAAGGAUUGUCUACAAGAAGGAGAAGAUAAUGUUCUUUAUGAUCUUUAUGCUGUUAUAAAUUUAAAAUAAAGUUAAAUUUAAAAACAGAAUUAUAGGCAUUACACCGCUUUUGUAAAAAAAUAAGAUUAAUGGGUUGAAUUUAAUGAUUCCUAAAGCAAAAAGAUAGAUUUACCUAAAAUAACAUCUAAGAACGCAUGUUUACUAUUUUAUAUAAAAUAAGAAAUCACGGAUAACGUCAAAUUUUAAAUUAGAGAUUUUUUUUGA